AUGUGUCUGAAGGACUGCUAUUUUCCCUGUCACCCGGGAAAGUGGGCCUACGCUCCUGAUAGGGUGGUCUUCGGGAUAGCCACAUCUUCGCUGGGUUCGGAGAGGCGCAGUGCAGAGGAUCACUCUGGAUUCCACGUCGUCCUUGGAAACGAGGCUUGUGAUGUCGACUCCAUGGUCUCCACUCUCUCCUUUGCUUACUUCCUGUUUAAGACGUCCGGCUCGGCCGGGAGGACUCCGGUGCCCGUGCUGAACAUCCCGCAGGCGGACUUCCCGCUGCGGACGGACAGCGUGUUCCUGCUCCGGGAGAGCGGGCUGGCGCAGCAGGACCUGGUGUUCCGGGACGAGGUGGACCUCCCGCGGCUGCACCGCGCCAGGCGGCUGGCCCUCACCCUGGUGGACCACAACGUGCUGCCCAGUACUGACAGUGACCUGGAGGGGGCAGUAGUGGAGGUGAUUGACCACCACCUCCAGGAGAGGGUGCCCUCCCCCUCUUGCCCCGUAACCAUAGAGACCGUGGGCUCCUGUGCCACCCUGGUCGCCGAACGCAUCGUGCAGAAGGCUCCGGAAAUUGUGGACGGACAGGUGGCCCUGCUUCUCUACGGCUCCAUAAUCCUGGACUGUGUGAACAUGGCUCCUGAGGCGGGGAAGGUGACGCCCAAGGACAGCCAGUACGCCCGCCUGCUGGAGUCCCUCUGCCCCGCCCUGCCGCCCCGCACCCCCCUCUUCCAGGCCCUGCACAGCGCCAAGCUCGACAUCUCCGGCCUCACGACAGAGCAGAUGCUGCUGAAGGACAUGAAGGCGGUGUCUGGAGGGGAUCUGAAGCUGGCCGUCAGUGUGGUGUACACGACCCUGGACGCUUUUCUCCAGCGACGGGGUCUUCAGCAGGAGCUCUGCGAGUUCUGCCACAAGCACCGCUUCAACCUGCUGGUCGCCAUGACGAUCUCCUUCAGCCAGAGCAACGAGCCUUUCCGCCAGCUGGCCGUCUACAGCUCCAGCUCCCUCUACAGGGAGGAGGUGAGUCGGGCCCUGGAGCAGGCCCAGACUCCCAGCCUCAGCCUGGCGCCCGUGAGCAGCCCGUACGCAGACGUGCGGGCCUACCUGCAGCGGAACACGCUCGCCUCGCGCAAGAAGCUCCUCCCCCUCCUCAAGGACUUCCUGCGGGACCGUGAGCUCCGGGAGGCCCGGAGGGGAGGGGCCGGGGACGGCGAGGACCUGCAGGAGGAGGAGGAGGAGGAGGAGGAGGAGGGGGAGCAGCCGGACGAAGGCCCCGACGAGGCCCAGCCGCUGCCAUGGCGACGGCGCGGGGUGGGCGGACUCACGGAGGAGGAGGAGGAGGAGGAGGAGGAGGGGUGUGGGGGCUUGGUCCCGCCCACACCCAUGAACAGCCUGGUGGAGGGCUGCCCAUUGGACAACGGUGUACCGCGCAUCAGCGCCCAGGCCCUGCUGGAGAAGUUCAACAAGAUGGCCGCCUCCCUCUGA